GAGGAGUUGUGGGGAAACGGGGCGCGCUCGGCAGCUGGGCUGGGAGGGCGACGGGAGGGCGGCCACGCGCCUCACGCCUCAGUUUCCCCCUCUGGAGCCCACUCGGGAGCGUGGUCCGAUGUGGGUCGCUCCAGGCCUGAGGGAAGAGCCCAACGGUCUGAGGGGCGCCAGUGCUUUCAAAGUUUGGUUAUUUAUUUUUAACAACUUUAUUGAGUAUUCAUUUACAUAUCAUACGAUUCACCACUCGUUUUAAGUGUACAACUACGUUAUUUUUAGUAAAUUUAUCAAGUGGUGCAACCAUCACUACGAUCCAGCUUUAAGAUUUUUCCGUCAACCGAAGGAGAUCCCUCUUGCCCCUUUGCAGUCCAUCCCCCUCCCACCUCCAGCCCCAGGCAACCACGGAUGUGCUUUCUGAGUCUAGAUUUGCCUUUUCUGGACAAUUAUUAUGAGUGGAAUCGUCCGGUGUGUGUUUUUUGCAUCUGGUUAUUUUCGCUUAGUAGGAUGUGUUUGAGAUGGAUGCAUGUUGUGUGUGUGUGUGUCGGUGUUGUUCUCAUCCAUUCAUUAGUUAAUAAACAUUUGGGUGGUUUCUACUUUUUGUCUUUUAUGAAUAAUGACUUAUGAACAUUUGCAUACAUUUCAGUUAUCUUGGGCUAUGUGGGAGUGGAAUUUCUGGAUCACAUGGUAACUAUGUUUAACCUUUUGAGGAACUGCCAGACUGUUUUCCAAAUCAGCAGCUGCACCAUUUUACAACCCCCCAACAGUGUGGGCACGUGGGGACUUUGAGAACGUGACGAAAGCUCUGGCCCUCCUCUCCAGACAGCUGUACGCCAGCAGACACGUGGCCGCCGUGGCGGGGGUGCUGCAUCUGGCCAGAGCGCCCCACUUCUGGGGCAGUGGUUCUCACACUUUAAGUGAAAAUGGCUUCAACAAGAAAAACCAGCCGUCCUGCAUGCGAUAUCUUUGGUGAUUUUAGUAAUGUUUCCUUAGAAGAUUCAAAGAUGGAAGAAAUCAGAAACUUGAAACUCAGUAGAGGUCUUACCAAAAUAGCACCUGGUCAUAGCAGAUUUCUAAAAAGAGACCAACCUACGCGUGAAAAACACUUAUUCCCAAAAGAGAAUGCUGUCCUAGGGAGGGGGCCCUGGCUGUCCUCAGGGAGACCCCCGACCACUGCCUCGAAGCUCAGGGCCCACGCAGCGCUCACAAAGCUGGCCCAGAUCGAAACCAGGAUCAUGAAUCGGAAGGUGCAGAGGGAUCUGUCUGACAUAGACUCUGCCCCGAAGACCUCCGAGGACUGUCUUCCAAGGAGAGCAGACGAAGCUUCCCCCGGGGGUGUAGCUGAACUUUCUUUACAGAACACAGACAAAACCCCUCAGAAACAGGCCCGAGAAAUUCCUGUCACCAAGAGUGGUGUGCCGAGUGGGAAAGUCAGUAGGUUUCUAAAGAAGAAAGGACCACCCCUUGAAAACAUAUCCCCUGAAGCAUGUUUUGGGAAAGACAGGAAUCUUCAAACAUCCAAAGAGAAAGAACCUAUUAGAAAAUUGGAUUCUCUAGAUAGUGAUGAAGAGGAGGUGGGAAGCUUGAUGGAAUCUUCUAGAGAAAAAGAAACAUACACAAAUCAGGGUUUUACGAGCACCAAAGUCAGUGAUACAGAACCAAUAAAACUGUUCUCGGAUCAGAUCCCAACUCGACUGAGAGUCCUUUCUCUGCCCAGUGAGGAACUUUCCAGCCCAAACUCGCUUCAGACGUUGCCUUUGCCAACCUCACAGUCAGCAGACGGGACCCUUUGCAGUGUGCGCUCAAGAACUCACUCCCCACAGACUCAUGUUUCCGGUGACGCGGACUCCCGUGUGGCGUCGCUUUCCAUCACCGGCACCUGUUCUAGGAAUGUACCCUCAGCGAUGGGGCACAGUGGGCGCUUGUCCUUGCCCAGAAGGAGUGAGGCUGGGUCUCUGGAUGAGCUGCCCUCAGAAGCCACCGAUGACAGCCUAGACGAUUUUAGAAUAAAUAUUUUAUCCCUUGAUGACCUGGCUCCAGCUGCCAGUGAGAAAUCAGACUUGGAACAGAAAAAAGAAGGUCAGAGGGAAAAGGCAUCCAGCAAAAGCCCCCAGGCAAGGGAUGCACCCACGGCAGGAGAGGUCUCCGAACAUCUAAGCCUGCCAUCGGCUUUCUCUGCCCGGCCCGAGGGUGUGUCCAGCCUGCAGCCCACGUUUCAGGAACCUACAGCCGGCCCAGUGAGCUCCACUUAUUCGGAAGAUUUUGAAAAAUCCCCAAGUCCAACAGCAUCUGAGCCGCUGGCCCAUUCUGAGGAGUCCCCCGGCAGAAUGCUGGAAGCCUUGUCAGAAUUCUCUGGAAGCCUGAAAACAGACCUUCUCCCUGCAACGCCCAAGUCUCGGAAGAAGCGGCUCAGGGACAUCACAGGAGUCAUGGCGAAGGAGGCUGCCGUGCAGACCCUCGACCCCGCCUUCACUGACCAGUGGACGGAGGCGGCUGGCGUGGCGGCCAUCAGGCCAGCCCUGGGAGGCAGCUACGUGGACCCUGCACCCAUCGCCAGUCACGUCGUCAGCGCGGACGCGAUAGAAGUCCUGACAGCUUACAGCCCGGCCGUGUUUGCGCUCCACGACCUGCUCAAGCAGCAGCUGAGCCUGACGCAGCAGUUUGUGGAGGCCAGCCAGCACCUGCACGCGUCCCUCCUGCAGUCCCUGGACCGAGACUCAUUCCACUACCACACCCUGGAGGAGACCAAAGAGUACAUCAGGCACCACAGGCCCGCCCCGCUGACCAUGGAGGACGCUCUGGAGGAGGUGGAGGAGGAGCUGUGAGUGCCAGCAGGUGAGGCUACCCUCGCGGGUCUGAUCUGGCCAGUAUACUGGCCGUGACACUCAGUGGUGGGGCAGGUGGCACCCAGGAGUACCCCAAGCAGAAUCUCAGUUCCAGCCUUUUCUAGCUGAGUAACUGAAACUCCCAGUCCCUGCCUCCUUGGAGUGCCCUGCACCUGAGAGGACAUGCCACAGGCCAGUGGAAAUGGAACCCCGGGUAGAGCUGUCACCAUGCAGGGCAAGACAGAGGACGCCAGCUUGUCUAGAGCCCCGCAGAGCAGCUCCACCUGCCCAGGUGCUGGCUUCCCUACAAGCCAAGGUAGAUGGGGCAUGAGGAGGAAACAGUGCCGGGCACUCUGCACGAGACGCCAGGCAGAGCUUCUACACCCAGGACACCUCCUCCCUGCGUGGCCCAAGCACACCUCUGACUUAAAGACACAGAGAAAAAGGUCUUUAAAAAAGUCUUUAUUUGAAGGCAAAACAGUAAAAUCCACAAGAAAUUGUUAACAGCAUGUGUUUACAUUUAUCCUGAAUCAGACACGUUUGAACAAUUCACAGCUACAGGAAAUCUAGAACAAAAUCAAAUAUUUUAUCACAUCAGGUUGAAAAGUUGGAGAGGAUUCUGCAUCUUAUGGAAAAGAAUUUUUCAAAAAUGUUUCUG